CAAUCUUCUGACACGAACCCCACAUUCACGGCGACGCCACCAUACCAACGAAGCUUACCGAAUUCACGAACCACGCCUGCGUCGAACGAAACGCGGCUUUACGACAAGAUCACAUACACCCCGUCACGGAAGACUUUGAAAAUCACCUACCGCCACCAUGUCGACCACCGUGGAAAAGAUCAAGCAGAUUGAGGAUGAGAUGGCCAAAACGCAGAAAAACAAGGCCACUUCCUAUCAUUUGGGUCAAUUGAAGGCGAAGCUCGCUAAGCUACGGAAAGAACUUGUCACGCCUUCGGGUGCCGGCGGAGGUGGUGCUGGAGUCGGUUUCGAUGUUGCCAGAACUGGUGUGGCGAGUGUUGGUUUCAUCGGAUUCCCGUCCGUCGGAAAGAGUACGCUUUUGAAUCUGCUCACCGGAACUCACUCGGAGGCCGCCGACUACGAGUUCACCACCCUUACUACCGUCCCUGGUUGUGUUGUUUUCAAUGGAGCGAAGAUUCAGAUGCUGGAUCUUCCCGGUAUCAUCGAGGGAGCAAAGGACGGAAAAGGACGUGGUCGACAAGUCAUUUCCGUGGCCAAGCAGUGCAACCUGAUUUUCAUCGUGCUGGAUGUCAACAAGCCCCUCACCGACAAGAAGAUCAUCGAGGCGGAACUGGAAGGAUUCGGUAUCCGGAUAAACAAGGAGCCACCGAAUAUUGUCUUCAGGAAGAAGGAUAAGGGUGGUGUUUCCGUCACGAGCACAGUACCGCUCACACACCUGGACAAUGACGAAAUCCGUGCCGUCAUGAGCGAGUACAAGAUCAUCUCGGCAGACAUCGCCUUCCGGUGCGAUGCUACCAUCGAUGAUCUGAUCGAUGUCAUUGAAGAGAAGAGUCGGAGAUAUAUACCCGUCGUCUAUGCCCUGAACAAGAUCGACGCCAUCACAAUUGAGGAGCUUGAUUUACUAUACCGAAUUCCCAACUCGGUGCCGAUCUCGUCGGAGAAGGGUUGGAAUGUCGAUGAACUUCUGGAGAUGAUGUGGGAGAAGUUGAACCUCAAGCGCAUCUACACCAAGCCAAAGGGGCAAUUACCCGACUACACAUCCCCCGUUGUCCUGCGAUCUGGAGCCUGCAGCGUCGAAGACUUCUGCCGAUCCAUCCACAAGACCAUCAUCGACACCUUCAAAUGUGCUGUGGUGUACGGUCGGAGCGUAAAGCAUCAGGGCCAGCGAGUGGGUUUGUCACAUGUGCUGGAGGACGAGGACGUCGUUACUAUCGUCAAAAAGUGAUUUCGGUUUGUUUCUGUGAAUUUUGUCAAUAUACUUGGUUUCACUUUCGGCGCUCAAAAUGGAAGGAUAUGGAAGGGAACCGGGGGGAGGGGGGGAGGAAACAGGCAAAUGACCCGCUGGGCGCUGUUAAGUACUCUAUGGAAAACAACAUCUCGCAACCUUCAUCUGAACGGCUACUUUAGCCAUAAUCUACGCGUACUUAUUCUCCUGA